GAAGCCACCCCUCCCUCCCUCCCGUAUACUCGCUGAUCUUUGCUCCAAUAUCUAACCUACGCACAUUUAGCAGAAAGUGUUGUGGAGCAGCAGCCUCAUCUUCAUCUUCUUCUAUCAACGAAACCGUAAUCAAGAUUCAAGGAGGAAGAACGAUGCCAAACCCAUCAACCACRAAAAGGCGCAAGAGAGGAGGUGGAAGAGGGCAAACACCGCAGCAGCAGCAGAGGCAGCAGCAGAGGCUGCAGCAGAAGCUGCUGCAGAAGCAGCAGCCGCCGAGGGUUACCGAGGAAAGUCGGAUUCAUAUUCGACAAACACUUGCACAGUUUCAGGCAUCCAAUGAUGAGAUGUACAAAUUUGAUGCCAGCCUUACAAAUUUCGAACGUGCUGAGGUGCACAAAUUGUGUGUAAAAAUGGGUCUGAAAUCAAAAAGUCAGGGGCCUAAAGAACCGAAUAAACGGUGUGUUACAGUUUACAAGUGCAUGGAGAAGUUGAAGAAGAUCAAGGAAAAGUCAGAUCUCACUUCUUUUACAUUUUCAGAAAAGGGAAAAGAAGUUUUAAAUGACUAUUUUUCUGUUUACCCACCUGGUGAUCAAGGGGAGGGUGAAAAGAUCAUGGCCAUGUCUAGUAAAAAUACUGAUAAGAUACGAACAAAGACAAAUGAUAUUCUCUGGAAACCUUUGAUGAAAAAGGCUGAUAUUGCAAAGAAGCUUGAAUCACUUGCUGCACGGAUGGAAUCGGACAUCAAGUUGAAACAGAUUACCGAAGGGAGGUCCAAACUUCCGAUUGCCUCUUUUAAGGAUGUUAUUACAUCGACAAUAGAAUCUCAUCAGGUGGUUCUCAUAUCUGGCGAAACAGGGUGUGGAAAAACCACACAGGUGCCUCAAUAUAUGUUGGAUUAUAUGUGGAGUAAAGGUGAUGCGUGUAAAGUAAUCUGCACCCAGCCUCGACGGAUUUCUGCAAUUUCAGUUGCUGAAAGAAUAUCGUUUGAAAGAGGUGAAAAUAUCGGAGAGAGUGUUGGAUACAAGAUAAGAUUGGAGACCAAAGGCGGAAAAAAUUCAUCGAUUGUGUUUUGCACGACUGGGGUCUUGCUGAGGGUCUUGGUAAAAGCUGGCAAUGGUAGGUCCAGAAGAGAGGCCACGACAAAGAUGUUUAAGGAUGCAUUUCCUGACAUCACUCACAUCAUUGUGGAUGAAAUUCAUGAAAGGGAUCGAUUCACUGAUUUUCUGCUAGCAAUCCUCAGAGAUAUGCUUCCGUCGUAUCCUCAUCUACGGGUGGUACUGAUGAGUGCUACACUUGAUGCCGAACGAAUUUCUCAGUACUUCGGAGGCUGCCCAAUUAUACGUGUCCCUGGGUUCACUUAUAAUGUGAAAAGGUUCUAUUUGGAGGAUGUACUUUUGCUUGUCAAGUCAACAAAAGCGUGUCACCUUGAUUGCACGUCAAAAACUAGCAUGGAUGAGAACUCCCAGUUAACUGAGGACUUCAGGCUUGCUCUUGAAGAGGCUAUUAAUCUAGCCUGGUCAAGUGAUGAGAUGGAAUCUCUCUUGGAAUUUUUUGCAAAUAGUGAAGGAUUAGAUGUUCUUAAUUUUCAGCAUUCUGUGACGGGAAUUACACCAUUAAUGGUCUUUGCUAGAAAGGGAAGAGUGGGUGAUAUGUGCAUGCUUCUCUCUUUUGGUGCCAAUUGCCAUUUACAAGAUAAUGAAGGAAAAACUGCGCUUUCCUGGGCUGCACAUGAAAACCAGAAAGAAGCUGCCGAGAUUUUAAGAAAACACCUAGAUUCAACCUUAGUUGAUCCCAGGGAAGAACAACUUUUACUUGAUAAAUACUUGCAUAACGUCAAUCCAGAAUUAACUGAUGUUAUCCUCAUAGAGCAAUUAUUGAGGAAAAUAUGUACAGAAUCGGAAGAAGGAGCUAUUCUUGUUUUUCUUCCAGGGUGGGACGACAUAAAUAAAGCACGAGACAAACUAAGUUCUAGUACUUUAUUCAAAGAUUCUUCAAAGUUUUUGAUAUUAGCUCUUCAUUCCAUGGUCCCAUCUAUAGAACAAAAGAAAGUUUUCAAAAGGCCACCUCAGGGUUGCCGUAAAAUUAUACUUUCCACAAACAUAGCUGAAACCGCUGUCACGAUUGAUGAUGUUGUCUUUGUAAUAGAUAGUGGAAGGAUGAAAGAAAAAAGUUAUGACCCUUACAACAAGGUCUCGACUCUUCAAUCCUCUUGGAUCUCAAAAGCAAGUGCAAAGCAGCGAGAGGGACGAGCAGGGCGAUGUCAAUCAGGAAUAUGUUACCAUCUUUAUUCAAAACUUCGAGCAGCUUCACUCCCAGAAUUUCAAGUGCCAGAAAUUAAAAGAACGCCAAUUGAAGAACUAUGUUUGCAGGUGAAGCUUCUUGAUCCUGAUAGCAAAAUAGAAGACUUUUUAAAGAAAACAUUAGAUCCUCCUGUUUCUGAAGCCAUUCAUAAUGCAAUUACUAUUCUUCAAGAUAUUGGGGCCUUGUCACCUAAUGAGGAUCUCACAGAGCUUGGGGAAAAGCUUGGUUCUAUCCCUGUUCAUCCACUCACAAGCAAGAUGCUUCUCUUUGCUAUAUCAAUGGAUUGUCUUGACCCUGCUUUGACUUUAGCUUGUGCCAAUGACUAUAGAGACCCCUUCACUCUUCCGAUGUUACCGGGUGAAAAAAAGAAAGCAACAGCUGCUAAAUGUGAGUUGGCCUCAUUAUAUGGUGGCCAUGGUGAUCAAUUUGCAAUAAUCGCAGCCUUUGAGUGCUGGAAAAACGCCAAGAACAGGGGUCAAGAAGGAAGGUUUUGUCGUCAAUAUUUUGUGUCACCAGGGGUCAUGAAUAUGCUAUUCGGAAUGCGUAAACAACUCGAAAAUGAACUUUAUAGCAAUGGAUUUAUUCCAGGAAAUUCAUCUCAGCUUAGUGCAAACUGUCAAGACGUUGGUAUAAUUCAUGCAGUCCUUGUUGCUGGUUUAUAUCCUUUGGUGGGAAAGUUACAUCUACCUAAAAGAAAUGUAAGAAGUAUUGUGAUAGAGAAUGCUAACAAUAAUAUGGUUCGAUUACACCCUCAAUCUGUCAAUUCUAGGUUACGAUUCAAGAAAAAAGAUGCUAUUCCUUUGGUCAUAUUUGAUGAGAUAACACGUGGAGAUGGAGGUUUGAAUAUUAGGAGUUGCAGUAUUAUUGGACCACUUCCUUUAUUAUUGCUAGCAACAGAGAUUGCUGUGGCUCCUCUUGAUGAUGAUAGCGUAGAUGAUAAUGAUACUAACUUUGAAGAUAGUGAUGAGGAAGAAGGUAAUGACGAGGAAACAGGGACGCAUAGUGGCUACAAAGAUAGACUCAUGUCUUCUCCUGAUAAUGUAGUCAAGAUUGUUGCAGAUAGGUGGCUUUCCUUCGAGUCAACAGCACUUGAUGUUGCUCAGAUUUACUGUUUGAGAGAAAGGUUGUCUGCUGCAAUCAUGUUCAAGAUCACGCAUCCAGGAAAAGAUCUUCCUGAACUUCUUGCAGCCUCUAUACAUGCAAUAGCCAAUGUUCUAUCUUAUGAUGGACUUGCUGGGAUCAUUAUGCCCUUGGAAACUGUGGACUCGCUCACAUCGAAGGUGCAAGAAACUGAUAUUGGGCAGCAAGGAAAAGUGAACGGGGAUUCAGAUAACUUUCUUCGAUCGCUACUUGCAUCAAAUGAUUCACAACCGCAAUUUCAAAAUCAGAGGGGGUGGUUGAAACAUCACCCGUCCAGUUCAGCUCAACGAAACCACCAUCACAAUCAGAAUGCCGCCGCGAUCUCUAGGGGUCCAAGGGGAGAGUCUCUGAAGCGGCAUCGUGGAUACAGAGCUUGAUUGGUAUGAAACUGAAUUGGUCAGAUGAAUGAUCUUAUGGUAAUUAGGCUCUUUCUGUUGGUGUAUCAGCUGUGUUUUUUUUGGUACACUUGACCUUUUUAUUAUUCUAACAUAUAUAGCAAUUUGAACCUGUUUUCAUGUGCAGUUGGUUUUUUUGUACUAUUAUCCUCUCUCUAUAUAUAGACCACUGUUUAAAUGACUUUCC